CUGCUCUCUCGGUCUCUCCUCCCCUCGCACCAGCGCCAAGCCGCCAAUAAACCCACUCCCUCGCCGCCGCCCGUCGCCGCCGAAGCACCAGAAGCCAGCCGCAGGACCGGACGUCCGCCGCCGCGCCGCGAACACCAGCGCCACCACCUGCGGCCGCGGCGGCGAUGGAGCAGUUCCCCGACGGGGCGCACGUGCGGCUGCGGAGCCGCGUGCACGCAGGGUACCUCCACGCCGACGAGGACGGGGUGGGGGUGUCCCUGCGCCGCUGGCGCCGCAGGUCGAUGAACGUGGCGUGGAAGGUGCACCGCAUCCUGCACGACGGCUCCACCAGCGUCCUCCUCCACAGCGCCGCCUAUGGCCGGUACCUCGCGGCGUCCCACGACCCGGCGCCGCCGGGCCACCUCGGCCUCCGCGUCGACCUGGGCGACUACGACCAGGACGUGGACCCCAUCCUGUGGAAGGCCGUCGGCUCCGGGGACGCCGGCUACGUCCUCCUGCGCCACGUCUCCAACCGCCUCCUCCGCGCCAACGGAAGGUACCGCCUCUGGCACCGUGGCGUCUCCGUCGACGACGUCGACAACCAGAGCACGAUGAUGCAUUGGAAGGUCGAGACCAUCCCCACCAGCCCCAGGCCGCCAGCACUUCCAGCGCCGACUCGGAGGAACCGAGGCAGCUUCCGCGGCCUGUUCCUCCUGCACGAGGAGCCCGUGGUGCUGCAGCGGACGGUACGGUUCGUGCGGGCGGACAACUACGGCAACUUCCCGGACAACUGGGGCACGCUCCAGUUCCAGGGCCGCUCCGUCUUUGAGCUGAGAGCGGAGAUGGCGCGUCGCUUAAACUAUGCGCUCUUCUUCUUCCGCCUCCUGAUGUGCGUCCGGGGCGGCCGCUACGGGCGCCUGACCCCGCUACUCAUCGACCUGCCUCGCAACGAGGAGACCCUGGACAUCAUCGUCCUCUUCAUCGGGACACAAGUUGCUCAGGAAUUGCGGUACCCGGUGGUAAACCCAAGAGGUGUAUGAGGGCAGGACAGACAGACUCCUCUGACAAACCCCUUCACAAUUCACCUCUUUAAGGUGCUGCUGCUCCAGAAACACCGGCAUGAGAAGAAUUGGCUCUCUUUUCAUUCGUGUUCAAGAUAGUUUCAGAAAAUCCAGCAGCUUUGCGGUUUUCGAUAGUUAGAUCUUGUGCCUUUCUUCUGACACGAAACAGCUCGUGCUGGUCUUUCAGCUUCAGAACUUGCAACUUGCUGAAUGUGAUUUUUGCGAAGUGACAUCGGGUCUCUAGUCACGAGCUUCAUCCCUAUACUCACCAUGUACUGAUAAGGAGAAUGGACGUUGCUGUUUUACUUUGUACCUUUUGUCCGUGAUAAGAUCAAAUGUAACAGUCAAUAGUCAAUGCAUGCUGAUCUUAGGUUUCAGUCAGGACCUGAAAACCAUUGUAACAACCUGUAUAUGCUAUUCUGCCGAAGCCUCCACAUGAUUUUGUUAGGACCUGAAAAUUGCAUCACUUGUGUGCUGAUUGCUGAA